UUAUACAAUUUUGUAAAUAAGUGAUUUUUCUCCUUCACUGAUGUGCGCUAAUGAGGCUGCAGUGAUGGGCACUGAUAGGCUGCACUGAUGAGCACUGAUAUAUGGCACUGACUGGCACUGAUAGGUGGCACUGAUUGGCAUUGAUAGGUGGCAAUGACUGACACUGAUGGGUGACAUUGAAAGGCAGCUCAGAUGGGCACUGAUAUGUGGCAUUGAUGUGCACUGGUAUGCACGGAUAUGUGGCAUUGAUGUGGCACUGAUGGGCACUGGCACGUGGCACUUCUGGGGCCACACUGAUCAUAAGGGCACUCUG